AUGUCUCCUGAAUUUUUUGCCCAAAAUAAACCAGUUCGCAGCAAAAAAUAUUUCGAAAAGUUGUGGAUUCGUGUUUUUCAGUGGCGUGGCACAGACAUCCAAUUGUUCAAAGAAAGUUACGAAGCAUUGGGUAUCUCUGUUACUCCAAAAAUACAUGCAAUAUUUUUCCAUGUCAGUGACUUUUGCUUGAAAACGUGGAAUGGACUUGGGUUCUAUAGUGAACAAGCGAUUGAAUCACUACACCAUGAUUUUUGUGUUACCUGGACAAAUUAUAAAGUGUUAAAGGAACACCCUCAGUACAACGCAAAAUUAUUACGAGUAGUUUGUGAUUAUAACAUUAAACAUUUGUGA